UCACAGUAGAUGAACAGCGCAUGCGCCGGACUCGCGGCUGCGUUCACUUCGGUCGUGUGUCGUCGUGUCGGGUUGUUUGUGCUGUCUGGAGACGCUGAACACGCAGGAUCGUAAUGGCAGUCCAGCUGUGUUGCCGGGGUCAGCGCGUGGCUCUGCUCAUGCUCAGCAGGAGUGUGUCUCACAGCAGUGUCUCCAUCAGCGAGCCGGACUCUCACACACACACACCUGCGCCGUUCUCCCGCUCCUCCAUCGGGACCUUCUUCCAGGAGCGACCUCUGCUCACAAACCCCUUUACCCAGGAUGCACUGCUCCGGGCCUACCUGCAGCGCCACCUACCUGAUCAGCAGGUGCAGCGGGAUCUCCUGCUCUUCGGUGAGCGGCUGGUCUCUGAGAUCGAGGCUCUGGGUCGUCAGUGUGAGCUGAGUCCUCCUGUGCUGCAGCGCUAUGACGCCUGGGGCCGCCGCGUGGACCGCAUCCUCACCUGCGAUGCCUGGACACGCCUCAAACACAUCUCUGCACAGGAGGGCCUGGUGGCAGCGGGGUACGAGCGCACCUAUGGAGAUUGGAGUCGAGUGUAUCAGAUGAGCAAGAUCUACCUGUUCGCGCCGUCCGCUGGACUCUACACCUGCCCGCUGGCCAUGACGGACGGAGCUGCUAAAGUCAUCGAGUCUUUAGGAGUGCCGGUCAGAGAAGCGUUCGAGCGUCUGACCACACGUGAUGAGAAGAGGUUCUGGACGUCCGGACAGUGGAUGACCGAGCGCAGGGGAGGAUCUGACGUCUCGAGUGGUACGGAGACGGUUGCCAGGCGACAGCAGGAUGGAUGGUUCAAGCUUUAUGGCUUUAAGUGGUUCACGUCGGCCACAGACGCUGAUGUGACGCUGACUCUGGCUCGCAUCACAGACCGGCACGGACGCAGCACAGCGGGCAGCAGCGGUCUGUCUCUGUUCCUGGCUGAGGUCUGGGACUCUGACGGCUUGUGUAACGGGAUCGAGGUCCAGCGGCUGAAGGAUAAGCUGGGCACGAGGCAGGUGCCGACGGCCGAGCUACUGCUGGACGGCAUGAGCGCUCAGCUGCUGUCAGAGGAAGGCCGCGGCGUCGCCUCCAUCGCUAACAUGCUGACUAUAACACGCAUCCACAACACAGUGUGUGCGGUGGGCGCCAUGAGGAGGAUCACUCACCUGUGCAGGGAAUACGCACGCAAGCGUGCCGCCUUCGGGAAGCUGCUGAAGGAUCAUGCGCUACAUGUGCAAACGCUCAGCAGACUGGAGGUGGAGACUCGCGCUGCAUUUCUGUUCGCGAUGGAAGUGUGUCGUCUGCUGGGCCGCGAGGAGAACAGAAGCGCUAGCGACAGAGACACACUCCUGCUGCGGCUGCUCACACCCAUCGCCAAACUCUACACCGCAAAACAGGUCUCUCUCUCUCUCUCACACACACAGACACACACACACAGAC